AUGGAUUCAGACGGCUUCGUCACUGUGAGGACAUCUUUGCCCACACUCCCGCUUCCCCCAAACAAUGCAAGACCCGAAAUCACAACGAGCCGCCUACUAAUCCGGCCUCUUCGACCAAGCGACCUAGACGCGCUGCACGUGUUGCGCACGCAAGAAGAUGUAAUGAAAUGGACUCGGGCCGGCUGCAUCGACGAAAGCAUCGAGACGACGAAAUCGAAACUCGACCCUUUCCUACCACCACACGAUCUCGUCACCGGCAAUUGCGCUAUUUGCCUCAAGGAUACCGGUGAGCUGAUUGGCAUUGGCGGAUGUCAUCUGUACCCCGGAUCGCAUGGCUGGCCUGAGCUGGGAUAUCUACUUCGGCAGGAGACAUGGGGGCAAGGGCUUGCGACAGAGUUCUUGGGUGCCUGGCUGCGAUUUUGGUCCGAGCUACCUCGAUCUGAGCGCGACGUACGCGUUCAGAAGGAGAUGGUCAUUGGCGACAAGAACGUGGACGAGCAUUUGAUUGCUAUCACUGAUGCCAUCAACACUGCUAGUCAGAACGUCUUGCUCAAGUCUGGAUUCGAGCGUUUCCGAGACUUCACUGAGGUUAAUGAUGCCAAAACAGUCAACCUCGUUGCAUUUCGGUUUUUACCCUCAAAGAAAUGA